AUGAUCCGGCGCACACUGUCUUCCCAGGUCUCUAAGGCUCAGACACUGGGGCAUCCUCUCUCUCGACCACUGCGCAGAGACCCCUACUCAAGCACGAAAUCAUACUCGGAGACAAGAACGAGAAUGUACCCGCCGGUGAGACCUACCACGGGAUCCCGCUCGACAGCGAACAAGUCGUCCGUAAGUCGGGAGGUAGCGUGUACAACGGCAUACCCCACGUGCCGAUCUGGGGCGGCAAAGCUUCUCCUGCGCACGACAACCGACCUCGAUUUGCCAGUAGAACUGGUAUCAAAUCGAUGGUUAUGUCUGGGAUCCGGUUGUUUAUAA